CCAAUACGUUAUUUCCAGCCCGUUCCACCUCUACCCGAAAAUGUAUUUAUACAUUGGGUGAAUAUGGAGGCACGGUAGAAUAGAAAACCGCGACACUACGUUUAAACGUAAAAUCAACAGAUCUGAAACCAGUUCGAGUGCCGCUUUGCUACGCCGAAAAACUUUUAAUACUUUUAUUACAGAACUUUUAGUUUGAAUCACUUGAAGCGUUGACUAAAGGGUUGAAAAGAUGAAUGAAGAAAUUGUAGUUAACACCGAAAACGGUAGAAUACGGGGUAAAAAGCAGAAAGACUACCACGGUGGUAGAUUUUACAGUUUCAGUGGUAUACCGUACGCCAAAGCCCCAGUUGGGGAGCUUAGAUUUAGGGCUCCUCAACCUUCAGAUCCAUGGGAAGAUAUCAGAGAUGGUACGAAAGAGGGAUACGAAUGUCCUUCGUUGGAUAUGUUCUUCGGAUAUCACGUCGGUAACGAGGAUAACUGUUUGAAUUUGAACGUUUACACCAAAGAGUUGCCAAAUGCCGAAAAUGACAAGAAGAAGCCAGUCAUGGUGUUCAUCCAUGGCGGUGGAUUUAUGUACGGCUCCAACAAGAGUGCCGUAAUUGGUCCGCAUUAUCUAAUGACAGAAGAUAUUGUAUUCGUUACAAUAAACUACAGGCUGGGUGUUUUCGGAUUUCUCAGUCUGGAAGAUCAAUCCUUGAACGUGCCUGGAAAUGCAGGACUAAAGGACCAAACCCUCGCCUUAAAAUGGGUCCAAAAGAACAUUCACAAUUUUGGAGGCGAUUCACAGAACGUUACUAUCUUUGGAGAGAGCGCUGGUAGUGCUUCCGUUCAUUAUUUGACAUUAUCUCCACUUACGAAAGGUCUCUUCCACAAAGCAAUCAUGCAAAGCGGCUGCGCCUUGAACCCUUGGGCAAGAGGAAGGAAAAAUUUUUCCGACAUCGCCAAAGCUAUGGGUUACAAGGACGUCGACGAGAAAACGUUAUUCCAAAAGCUUUGUAGAGCUAGCGCCAGAAGCUUGGUCAGCGCCCAAUUCAAAAUAGAAGAUUCUUUCUUCGCAAGCAUGGUCAGACCUCUGGGACCGGUCAUCGAAUGCCCACACGAAGGAGCCUUUUUGACAGAAGAUCCCGAAGAGAUCAUGAAAGCUGGAAAGAACCACCAAAUCCCAAUUAUCAUCGGCUACAAUUCUAGGGAAGGCUUGUUGUACGAAGUGAUCAGGAAAACUAGGACAGACGCCGAUCUACCAGAAAAUUUAGAAAAGGAUAUUCCUUACGACAUGAACAUUCCUGAAAAAAGCGGUAAAGCUAAGGAGGUCGCCGAAAGAAUAAAGGAGUUUUACUAUAAGGACAAUGAUCUGUCGGAAAAGAAUAUUAAUACGCGUUAUUUGAUGGUCGGAGACAUCCAAUUCGUGAAUGGUAUCCAAAAAACCAUCACCCUACUUAAGAACCACAGCAGCGCGCCAGUAUACGCUUACAGGAUGAGCGUAACUAGCUCGUUGAACUUCUUCAAAAAAUUCUGCGAAGUCAAAUACUUCAAAACGAUGAUUUUCUUCACCCUAAUGACGAAACUGUCGGGCGGUUCUUCGCUCAAGAACUUUUUCCAAAACAUGCGCGAGAAGUUACCGGUUAAACAGAUAGAUGGCGUUUCGCAUGCGGACGAUCUCUUUUACUUGUUCAGCACGUUCUUCUCUCCUACUAUUACUCCCGGUAGCGAGGAGGAUAUUAAUAUUCAGAAAUUCGUUAAACCGUGGACGCAUUUUGCUAAAACCGGCAAUCCCACUCCUGAACAAAUCGACGUCUUGAAUAAAGUCGUUUGGCCGCCAGUUCAAGAUGAAAGUAUUAGCAAUAUUUUUGACAUAAACGGAACUGUUAGUAUUACCGGUAAUUUAGAGAGCGAAAGAACGAAAUUCUGGGAGAGUUUGUAUAGAGAUUGUAAGGUUUAAUUUAUCGAAAACGAUGACGCGUAUUUAGAUAUAGUACAAUUAAAUUAAGUAUCAUUUGAGAAAUUAGGGACAGGCUGAGUUUUUGACAUAUGUAUCUGGGAGUCUAGAUGGUCGUAUCCCCAUCUAUUAUGGACACUCUACCAAUUUAUAAACAAAAUUUUAAAUUAAGUUGUCUCAAUGAAGCAAAAAAGUGUAAAAACAGAAAUGUAGAUCUUCAAAUUUGCAAUAUUUGUUUUGUUUGAGAUAGAACUCUCUGUAGUUCACUCCCAAAAAGCUAGAGAGUGUUAAAGUUUUCAAAAAUCAUGUUUUCUUAAUUUUUACUUUUUAAAAGUGAUUUUAGCUAUAAAAACUAUGAUUUCAAAAGUUGUAAAUUUCAAAAAAAUAGAGUUGUUAAUAACUUAUAUCAUUUGGGGUAUAACCUCUUAGACUCCAGAAACAAUGUAUCAAAAAUGUCCCCAAUAUGUUUUACGAAAAUUCGAAUGUAGUAAUAAGUUUCAGUGAUAAUCUUUGUACGAAAAUUAAGGCGAUUAAAUUAACCAAAGAAUUUUGAUUGUCUUAGAGAAAGAGGCUUUUUUUACGAUAUGUAACCAAUGCCAAUUGUACAUAGAUGCUUUAAACAAUGAAUACAUAACCUAAAAAUACUUUAAUAGGUUAAUAUUUUCAUUUUAUAACGUAUUAAUAGGUUUUCUUACGAAAGUGCCUCCAUUAGUUUUGUUAUUUAGUUUUUAAGACGAUUAUAGUAUUAAAAACAUGAGAUAUUUGUUAGUUUUUAAGUUGUGUUUGUAGCCAUUAAGGAGUAUUUAUAUUUAUUUAUAUUUUGCAAAUAAAAUAAGUAUUGGUAUAUGAUGCAUAAUUAUUGU